AUGUCAUCGGCCGAAGAGGGGCAAUUUUGACGUUUUAGCAGAGCCCCAAAACAUUAUUCCAAAUUCAAAAAUAUGGGUGUUACGGACGAGGUUAAUCUGCCCACCGUAGAAGAAUUGACCGUGCAGGAAGUCAAUCUUUCCGGUCCGGCAUUGAAGGCUGGCGCUUUUCAUUUGGGAAAAGCCUGCGAAUUCGAGAAUAAUGAAUUUAUCUUAUGUAGAAAUGAGCUGAACGAUCCCCGCAAAUGCAUUAAUGAGGGCAAAGCUGUCACCAAUUGUGCAAUGAAUUUUUUUAGGCAAAUUAAGAAGUCUUGUUCAGGAGAGUUCAUGCAGUAUGUCAACUGUCUUGACAAAUCUAGUCCUGAUCAAGCUUUUAGACCAUGCCGUAAGACUCAAGCUGUUCUUGAUAAAUGCGUAAAAGAUAAUUUGGGGAUUGAUAGACCUCCUUAUGAUUACUACACUAGAGUUCAUAUUCACAAAACUGCCAGGCCAAAGCCUCCAACGGAGAAACCAAUCGUCUACGAAGACGCCACUCCAAAACUUCCAGAAGAUGCGCCAAGGCCAGAAGCGCCUUAUGGUUCCCGUUACGUUUUCUUAUGGUAACCAUCAAAUUUUGGAAUGGAGUAUUACAAUUUUGUAUAUUGCAACAUUAACAACUGUGUUUUGAUGUUGGGAUGUGUGAUAUUGUAAUAUGUAGUUCAAGUUAUAUAUUAUUAGUUAUUGUAAAUAAAAUUAUAAAAAGCA